AUGAGUGGUCUUAUCUAUCUGGAUGUGUCACAGAAUUCUAUAGAGGGAGAAGUUCCAUCAGUUAUUGGAGGACUGAAAGCCAUUGUAGAACUAUAUCUUUUCAGUAACCACUUUUCCGGCAUGAUACCAAGCAGAUUGGGAGAACUCCAAAACCUACAGUCUCUUGACCUAUCAAACAAUUCAUUUUUUGGCCUAAUUCCAUUAUCCUUUGCCAACUUGAUAAACUUGGAAUUCUUGAAUUUGUCUUUAAAUGCAUUGUCAGGUAGUAUUCCUAUGUCUUUGGAAAAACUCUCAUACCUUAAAAGCAUUAAUGUUUCAUUUAAUGGUUUAGAAGGUGUCAUACCGAGUGGUGGUGUGUUUGCAAAUUCCACUCUGCAAUCAUUUCUCGGGAACAAAGGUCUAUGUGGAGCACACAUAUUGGAGAUUCCUGCUUGUGCUAUCACUAAUCCUGGACAACAAUCAAAGCUAAAGGAGAUUGUGCUAAAAAUUGUUACGCCAGUGAUUAUUUCAUCCUUUCUAAUAUUUUUGUUGGUUUCAAUUUGGAUAAUGAAACAAAAAAAGAAAGGAAAGUCCAAAGAUGUGAAAAAAGUACUAGAGAUCGGGACUUAUCAAUUUGUUUCUUAUCAUGAGAUUCAACGAGCAACAAAUAGUUUUGAUGAAUCAAAUUUAAUUGGUGUGGGAAGUUCUGGCUCUGUGUACAAAGGCACAUUAUCUGGUGGAAGUGUAGUGGCGAUAAAGGUUCUAGAUUUGGAAAAUGAGCAAGUAUGCAAGAGGUUUGAUACAGAAUGUGAAGUGAUGAGAAAUGUUAGACACAGAAAUCUUGUUCCGGUGAUUACUACUUGUUCUAGUGACUAUAUAAGAGCUUUUGUUCUGCGAUAUAUGCCCAACGGGAGUCUUGAGAAUUGGUUGUACAGAGAAGAGUCCCACUUGAACCUCCUUCAAAGAGUCGCCAUAAUGCUUGAUGUGGCUGUGGCUAUCGAAUAUCUACACCAUGGUCAUAAUAUUCCGAUAGUUCAUUGCGACCUAAAGCCAGCCAAUGUUCUUUUGGAUGAAGAGAUGGUGGCUCAUGUUGGUGAUUUUGGAAUCUCUAAAAUUUUAGCCAUAAGCAAGUCCAUGGCUUAUACAGAGACAUUGGGCACUCUUGGAUACAUUGCACCAGAAUACGGCUCGGAGGGAAUAGUGUCUGCUAGUGGUGAUGUUUAUAGUUACGGCAUCAUGUUGAUGGAGGUUUUGACAAAAAGAAGGCCAACAGAUGAAGAUAUAUGCAAUGAAAAUCUUGACUUGAGGAAAUGGAUCACACAAUCAUUUUCAGGGACUAUGAUGGACAUUGUGGAUGCAAAUCUUUUUUCCGAGGAAGAACAGAUCACUUCCAAAAGUGAAAUCUGCAUAGCCUCCGUGAUAGAAUUGGCUUUAGACUGCACAAAGGAAAUGCCAGAAUCAAGAAUAACCAUGGAGGAUGUAGUCAAGAGGCUUAGCAAAAUCAAGAACGCAUUUCUGGAAGCAUAG